GCUCAGGAAAAGUAAUCGUUGAUCUUAGCUUAAUCUUUAGGAAGUUUGAGGAUUACGGUGUGGAAUUUAAGUAACCAUGAAGAGGCUUUUGGUUAUAGCCAUGCUGAGCAUGGUCACCUUACCCUCACUUACACUUAAAAUAGGAAUUUCUCACGAAUCAAAUCCUACAUCAAUCUCACCACCCACAACUACGGAUUUACCAGCUACCACGAUUGCCGGCAGCAGCGAUUCGGCGAGCUCCAUAAGCCCCUUGACCGAGGUGGUCAGUACCUCUGGAAACAUAUUUCCUCCCCGCCCCAGGGCCACAGAAGCACCAACAACUACCACAACAUCGGCUCCAAAGGCGGAACUACAACCCCUGAAUGCCACCGAGGCUCCCGCCCAUCCGCUUAUUUUAGGGGAAAACCCAAAAUACUAUUGCUCCUGCGAUCUGCAGACGAGCAAAUGCGAUCUAAAUUGCUGCUGUGACCGUGACUGUCCGCCCGAAACUCGACGGGUCUUUGAUUGCCACUCGGACUCGGCUCUGCCACUGCUUCAGUCCAGACUCGAGGACUUUCAGUAUAUCCACGGUCUGCCCACCUGCCAGAUCAAUGACGGUUGGCUAUGUGUCUUUCGCAGCAAUACGAAACCCGCCAAGACUCCGUCACUUUUUGCAAAUUUUGAUGCUUCGCAUUAUCGGAGAUGGCCGGACAUUUUGGAAGCCUACGAAACAGAUUCCCCUGCGCAGGCUGCAUUCCCGGAACCUCAUUACAAAUUCAGGCAGGCAUUGCAAUUACUGCAGUCAGAGGGCAAACAACUGACAACCUUUGACCUGCCCACUGCCUAUGAGGGCCCGCAUUGCCAACUGAAGCAGUCCAUUCGUCACUUGCAGCCAAUGAGCAGCAACUGUCUGAUGAGGAACUCUUUCCAACUGCAAAAGAGUCUCUGGAGCAUCCUCAAUCUCACCGCCACACACGAGGUGUUGCCCAAACCCUAUGAUAGAGACGAGCGGGAUGUGGCAGGACUAGUUAUUGAGGUGUGCCCAAAAGGGGAGGAUGGAAAAUUCCAUUGUCUAGAGCGGGAAAAUGACACACAGAUAGAUAUCUUGGCGGAGAAAGUGGAAAUUCAGGUGACCCACAAUUUCACAAAUAUCAUAGGGGUCAAAGUCUUGAUUGAAGGUGAACCCUUGGCGGGGGAUGACAACGAACCCCUGUGGUUGCAUUAUAAAGUGAAUUUCAUCGCUCAGAAUGAGUCAUAUGCUAAACCCACUUCAAGUCCACUGGGAUACUUGCCAGGCUCGCCCGUAAUCAUCUCUAAAAUUCUGCCACAGAACAACAGCGAGGAGCAAAAGCAAUUAAGCUACUUUAAUGCGCCACAGAGUUUCGAGGACUUUCACUGGCUGCCCCUGCUCACACGGAAGUCUCGAGAAAUGUCCUGUCAAUCUACGCUGGAUCAGAAAGAAGUCCUACGACUGGGUGUAGAUAUUGUAAAACAGUGCCAGCUCCACCAAGCAGCGCCUCUUCUCCAGGAAAAUGCCAACCACACUGAAUACUGUGAGAGGUUGCAAUCCCAAAUAUGGAGCCAGCUGUUGCCCUACAAUUGCAGCUCCCUGGAGGAGGUGGGCCAGGUGUUUAUCUCUCAGUUAGGCAGACCCCAGCCGGAAAAGUGGUUGCCUCUGCAUCUGCACUACCCCGAGAAGCCCAAUGAAACUCCACCAUCGGUGCUGGGAGUAUAUGAUGAUCUCCAGCAGAGCCUAACCUGUCGGAAUAUGUUCUUAAGCGUCAGAUACGAGUUCCAUGUGGCGGAUCUGGCUUUGCUUGACGGAGCAGCCCCUCAUCAACGGGUUCUGCAAAGCGCACGCUUAGUUUUGGGCCAUAGGCAUGACCUAGAGUUCGAUGCUUCCGAGCAGCAGGUGGCCUUGCCCCUGAGCGUCUCUGCCAUGUUUUUCCAAUUAGAGAAAAGGUCACUAAGCCAGGCAUCGGGAGUUUCCAUUACAAAUCACAUAAUGCUUUUCGCUAUUCUAGCGGCGUUGCACUUUUAGUUGUAGUCUUUGAAUUCCAUUAAAAUAUGUGGAGAA